AUGGUAGGAGAUGCGAAGGGACUUCGAGCAUUGCGAGGGUCGUUGCGCAGAUCUGGAAUCGGAGUUGUGCAGUCAUGGGGUUCAAAGAGGUUGAACAUUGAUUUCGUGGUUGUUGUUGGGCGUGAUGCACCAAUCUGCUGCGGUGGUGUUAUUUGUUCAGAAGGGGCUUUUCCGAUGCAGCUUGGGAGCAUUUCCUUGGUGAAAGAGGGAGUGAUAGAUGGAGGUUGUAAUGGAGUGGUGGCGCAGAUCUGCGGAAUGGGUGGUUAUCAAGGGUAUGGGACUUCCGGUGGCAACCAAAAUGCAUAUGAUGGUCGUUCUGAUUCUAGUAGGUAUAUGCAGCCUCAAAGUGCUGCAGCAUAUGGAGGUUAUGGCGGUGGGUACGGUGCAAGUGAUAGUUCUUAUGGGAAUCCAGGUGUAUAUGAUGCUGUUGGUGGGCGUACUGGGAGUGUUCCAAGUAGUAAUGCUAGUGGUCAGAGUGGUAGUGAACUGCAAGGUAGUGGUGGAAGUGGCAACUAUAUGGGCAGCGGCUAUGGAGAUGCAAAUGGAAAUUCUGGUUAUGGAAAUGCAGCUUGGAGAUCUGAACAGGCUCAAGCAUCUGGUAAUUAUGGGACUCCUCAGGGAAAUGGUGAGCAAGUUGGUGAAAUGUUAGACAAUGGAGUUUUGGUUGGUGAGGAAGUUGUGGUGGUGGUGGGUAAGAGUCACCGUAAAAUGGAGGUGGUGGUGAGUGAGCAGGAAAUGAGUUACUGUGUAUAA